UCUCUUUUGCCCAGCGAGGCUGUUCAUCAUUAGUGUGAUAGGGGGAGGAGGAAAGAAAUAGCGAAGCGUUCGAGACAAGUUGAUUUUCGCCUCACGCUGCCGCCUACAUUUUUCGGCAAUCAUUUGAUUCCCAGCAUCACAAACAAGAACUAUACCCCCCACAAAGACGGCUGGCCUGCUUUCUUUUUUUAGCACACCAUGAGUCAUUGCCCCAACCCGGAUCUCGAGAUCAAGAAACUUCGGGCCCUGUUGGAGCACAGAGAUGCCCAACAUCGGGAGGCGAUGAGAACUAAGGAUGCGGAUCUUCGCAGAGCGAAACAAGAAAUAUCCCAAUUAUCGCAAUUACAAAACUCUUAUCAGUUUCAAUCGCAAGUAGCUCAAUCCCCGAGCCACAACAUACCUGACGAUUCUGCUGCUGCUACUUCUACUCCUGUUCAUAAUGAAUUCCAACUAUCAAGUACUACUACCGGUACACCUGCCACUCCUUUUCACCAAGAUGGCAUGUCCAGAAGUAAUACCAUCCCUCACAGCAAUGCUGUCAAUGGCCAUCAUCGCCACGACAGUGCUGCACGAUCAUCUAAUCGGCACAGCCAUCAUGCCCAUGCCCAUGUCCACGCUGUCAAGCGUGCUAGGACCAUGUCUCAGCAGGCUCCGUCGUCACAGAAGAUGGACCGCGUUGGUUCAAACCUGUCCACCCAGUCCGCUGGCCCAUUCACCGGCAAUGCUCCCAUAUCCCCUCCCCAGCGGAUACAUAACGGUAACAUGCAGAUGAGGAGUGCUGGCAUGGUAGACUACGUAGACAAGGACGAGCCCGUAUCAUCUUACGCCCUUGCCUCAUCGCAGUCCAUGCGGUCUUCCCAAUCAUCCAAGCAUCGUCAUGAAAUGCCCACCCUUUCAGAGUCUGGACCCAUGACCGGUGCUCUGCUCGACCCUGAAGUUUACUUCGCGCAACAUCCGUUUCACGAAGACCUUCCGCCAUCGAUGGCUUCUUUUGGAUCAUCAAUGCCCUCACAGAACCACGACGUUGAGGUGCCUCAAUUCAAUAUCACUAACGUGUCAGUCUGCGGUUCAAUGACGACAGCACCCACAUACGACACAGCACCGAUGACUCGACAAAAUAGUUUGUUCGACAACCAAUCAGUGUCGGGCGGCGUGCGCAUGAUGAGCCUUGGUUCGCAGAUGUCACAGGGCGGCGAGGCGUACUAUCCAGAUGGCUCACCACACACCGGGAGCAGUGGGGAUAAUUCGCCGUUAGGGAAACGACCCUAUUGUAGUGAGGAUGCCCUCAUCGCGGUUGGGUCGAGUCUCGCGCCUCCGUAUGCCCAUCAAUACGCGGCUUCCGCCCCUACCGACGCCCUUCUCGCUUCCUCAGACAUGGAACGAUCGAUAUCUAGCGCAAGCAUGGCUAGCACAAGAUCUAACUCGUCACUCAAGGCUCGGGCCAAAGAUACGCUAAAGCAGCAAUGCCAACGUGCAUUGAAUGCGCCCUUAAAACCGAAGCCGAGCGUUGAAAAAGACGCUAAGGAAUCGCAAGCCAAUGCCAAAAAGGAUGGUAAGACAGCCAUUACCAAGACUAAAUACGUAAGACCAAAACAGCCCAAGGUGUACUGCGAUCAAUGCGAAGAGCACAAAGACGGGUUCCGCGGCGAGCACGAGCUUCGCCGACAUCGCGACGCCAAACACCAGACCACCGUCAAGAAGUGGAUCUGCGUCGACCCAGCUGCCUACGGCAUCGCGAUAGGCAUACCGGCUGUCAAUCCCUUGAGUAAGUGCAAGGCCUGCAAAGCACAAAAGAAAUACGGCGCGUAUUACAACGCGGCUGCCCAUCUUCGCCGCACUCACUUUAAGGAGAAGCCUUCGCGACAAAAGAAUAAGGGUAACAACAAUAACCGCAGCGACGAAGACAAACGUGGUGGCAAGGGAGGUGGUGAUUGGCCUCCGAUGACUGAACUUAAGAAUUGGAUGAAAGAAAUCUGGGUGAGCAAGUUCGAAUCGGACGAUGAAGAGGAUGCCGAAGAAGAUAUGGGCCAUGUCGCGGAUACCGAGCCUGGAGCGAUGGAUUCCUAUCCCGGAGAGUUCAACAUGACGCACAAGAUGGCUGGGAAUGUGUUCGCCGAGGUGGUAGACUACAGCAACCUGAUAGUCAACACCGACGUCGCCUAUAUGAACGGCAUGCCGCUUUCGUCUGCCGACUUCAACUUCAACAAUGCCAUGUCCCCUGCUACCAUGUCACCUAACUUUAGCUCAGACAUGUCGACAUUACUUCCCCAUGACCAUGUGAACCAAUUCAGCUCAGCUCUAUCAUCGUCUGCCACGGUCACCCCGAUGACGGCCUACCACGAACCAUCACACGUGGAAGACUUCGACUUCAGCAUGGUCUAUCCUCAAUGAUCUCGCCCAGAGGUGUUAGAUGAGGGUUUCUUUCUUUCUUUCUUGCUUUCUUCCAUUCUUUCCUUAUCAAUCAAUUCUUCACGAGUAUGAAUAUACGAGAACCCGACUCGAGGGAUCUGAACCGAAGCAUGAGAAGAGAAAGUUGAAGAAGAUGAAGAAGAUGAAGAUGAAGGACUAAAAAAAACCAACAAAGGAACGACGAAAAAAAGAAAAAAAAGUUUUAAGGGAAAGAGGAAAGAGGAAAGAGGAAAGAGGAAAGAAUGAUUGUUUUAAGAAGAUGAAGAGGGGGCCUGAAGUGAACUUUAACGCUGCUUUCUACUUCUAGUUCUUUUUUUCUAUUCGGCGCCAAGUUCGUUUGUUCUUUCUUUAGCGACCGGCCUUUCGUUUCUUCUCGACAAGCAAACCCUGCGUACCUGCAUCUCGUCUCGCAGUAUAGCUCCGAUUAAAAACUGUCACCAAGGCGGUUUCCUCGAAACUCGCGAAACCUUAUUCAGGUUUAUGAUUUCUAGUCGCUCGCUACGCCAUUAACCUUUACGCUUUACCUAUUUUUAUAAUA